UGGCAAGAGGAUAAAUUACUACUGAAUAAAUUAAACUGGAAAAAACUUCACUUAAAUUUCAUUUACUUAAUUUUACUUUAUUUAUUUAUUUCAUUUAAUUUUCAGGAAUUCAGAAAAUAUUGGAAUCAGCGUUAUCGUUUAUUUUCAAAGUUAGACGAAGGUAUUCUUAUGGAUAAAGAAGGUUGGUUUUCCGUUACACCAGAAAUAAUUGCGAAACACAUAGCUGAACGCGUUGUUACCUAUGAGGAUAUGCUAAUCGUUGAUGCCUUUUGCGGUGUUGGUGGAAAUACAAUUCAAUUUGCUUUAAAAGGAGCAAGAGUUAUCGCUAUUGAUUUGGACAAAAUAAAGUUAAAAUGUGCGCGACGAAAUGCCGAAAUUUAUGGUGUCAGGGAUCAAAUUUAUUUUCUUCACAUGGAUUUCUUUGAUUUUGUGAAGUGGUAUUGUCCACGAUUUCGAAAAAUGAGACAAAUUCUUUGUUCUAAUCCAGUAAAGCGUAAAACUGCUCUUUCUUCUGUGAAGGAUCAAUGGUCUAAUAUCGGGGCUGUUUUUCUUAGUCCACCGUGGGGUGGACCGUCUUAUUCAAAACGUGUAGUUAUUCAGAUUUUUUCACUUGACAACCUCGUACCGAACGGCUUUGAAAUUUUUUAUGCUGCAAGAAAACUGUCGAAGAAUAUUGCAUAUUAUUUGCCUAGGAGCACAAGCACUUCUGAGGUUUCCUUUGUCUUUUUUUAUUUAAAUCUUAUUUAA